AUGUCGCUCAAUCCGAAUGAUGAUCGUAGGAGGGGACGUUCUAAAUCACCUGGUGGUGGCAGGAGAGAGCGGUCGCGAUCCCGCGUCGAGAUCGAUGAGUAUGAGGAGAAAACAACGACGAGAGAACGGUCCCGCGUUCGCGUACCGAGUCCACCGACGAGUAGUCGCUACGAUGAUGAUAGGAGGGGAUACGAGUAUGAGGAGCGAGACACGACCACCAUCAGGAGAGGGGAUAGGGAACCGGCGAAGAUCGUGACGGCUGAGCCGAGGGAUCCUAGAGGGAGUUCACACAGUCUGGUUGAUCCGAGGGGUUCGGAUCCUAGAUUGAUUGAUCCAAGAGGGUCCGAUCCGAGACUCGUUGAUCCGAGGUCUUCGCGCGAAUCCUACAAUCAGUAUAGAGAUGCGAGUCCGCCGUCUGCGAGCAGGGGAUAUGCUGUGCCGGGCGCCUUCAAGACGACGGUUGAGGAAGAGGAUGUCAAGGUGCGAUAUGGUGGUGGCAGAGGUGGGAGAGAGAAGGAAUACUAUGAAAGCAAGAAAUUCUCAUCCAAGGAUGAUUUGGCGUACGGAGAGUCUCCUCCAAGGUCUAAAUACCAAGAGGUGGACCAGUACAAAUACACCGACUCGAAGAGGGACGAUAGGGAUUCGAGAAGAUACGAGGAUGAGCACGGAAGAGGAGCAAGCUUCAGUGCUCAUGCUGGCCACCAUAGCAUCUCUGCCGGUGUGAACGUCGGUCAUGGUGCCCCGCAAUACGUGCAACCGCCUGACCCUUCCGCAUACCAGGUUCCCGGCGGUUAUCAACCACAAGUGGCAUAUCCUGAACCGGGCAGACAUUACAAUGAUGCCCCAGGAUCCAAGUACGCCGAGACGCCAAAGUGGGAGUAUGCGAAGCCGGAAGAGAAGAUCACGUACUCGAAGGUUCAGGAGACGACGUAUGGACGUCCUGGAGAGUAUGGGUCGAGACACGGGGAUCCUCGCUACGAUUCGAAGACCAAGACGGAGACUAUCAGCUAUGAGGAUUCUCAGUAUAGGGAUGAUAGACACGAUCCUCGAUACGACUCCAAGAUCAGGAAGGAGAGUGUCACUUAUGAAGAUUCCAAGUACAAGGAAGACUCCAAGUUGAGAACUUCCAAGACUCAGACUAUCUCCGUCGAACCCGGAUCCAGACGACGCGAACCAUCGCCCAACCCAGGUCUCGCUCCCAGAAUGCACUCUCUAUCCGUAAGCACCGGUCACCACGGCGGCGCCGCAUUAAGUCUAGCCGCUGCCCCAGGGAGUCCCCUCCUCGAAGCCUACCACGGAACCUACCAAUCCAUCUCCCCCAUGCCUUCCCCCCUCAUGAUCCCCUCACACUCGCACACCGACAUCAACCUGAUCGAACCGCUCUCCCCCUCCGGCGGCUCCUCAGACGACGACCGCUUCCCCAGCAAAAAGAAACGCACAGCGCGCUUCCACGACCCGGUCGACGAAGCCACCAUCCUGGCCAAAGCCCUCAAAGGCGAGAAGCGCGCCCCGGACACGCAGCCCCUGAUCGAGAUCCUGCCGGGGCUAACCCACGAACAGGUCCUCGAUCUGCGCGUCGAGUAUAAACGGAUCGUCAAGACGGGGUCCGAGAAGAAGGGCGUGAAUAUCGCGAAGCAUAUCAAGAUGCGGCUUAAAGAGGAGGAUCCGAAUCUGAUGAAAGCGUGCUACGCGUGCGCGCUGGGGAAGUGGGAGAGUGAGGCGUAUUGGGCGAAUUUUUGGUAUCAGGGGGAGAAGAGUCGGAGGGAACUGUUGAUUGAGUCGUUGAUGGGACGGACGAAUGCGGAGAUUCGGGAGAUUAAGGAUGGGUUUAGUGAUAAGAAGUAUAGUGAUAGUUUGACCAAGUGUAUGAAGACGGAGCUGAAGGAGGAUAAGUUUAAGAAGGCGGUGCUGCUGGUGCUGGAGGAGCGUAAGAUGGAAGAGCGGCCGGGUUAUGCAGUUGAUAGGGGAUUGGUCGAGGAUGAUGUGCAUGAUUUGUAUAAAGCGGUCAGAAGCGAGAAGGGCGGCGAGACGGCGAUGAUUAAUAUCGUGGUUGUGAGGAGCGAUGCCCAUUUGAGAGAGGUGUUGCGCGAGUAUGAAGUUACGUACCGCGCGAAUUUCGCGAGGGAGAUGUUGAAGAAGAGUGGGAACUUAGUCGGCGAAAUGCUAGCCCACAUCCUCAACGGCGUAAUCAACAAGCCCGUCCGCGACGCGCUACUAGUACACCACGCGCUCUCACUCUCCAAAUCCGACAGCAUCCGCACGGAACUGCUGAUCAGCAGGCUGGUGCGCUAUCAUUGGGAUCGUCCGCACAUGGAGGCGGUGAAGCGCGAGUAUCGCGCCCGGUACGGGGUUGAUAUGCAGAAGGCGGUUGCGGAGGGCACGAGGGGGGAGUGGGGCCAUUUUUGCGAGAUGCUUUGUGUGAGGAGGAUGGGGGAUGAGGUGAGGAGGGUUGAGAGGGUCGAGGAGUAUAGGGUUGAUAUUAGGAGCAAGUGCUGGUACCUUUUUGCAUCGCUAUUUACGCACUAUGCGCAUCUUGCGCAAAUCGCGCAUUUCGCGCAAAACGCGCAUUCGAAGUGGUCUUUGACAUUCUAA